UCGUUUCUUGAAACGCCUCGUUUGUUUGGCUGAAAGUUUUCUUUUAUUUGCAAACUCUUCAGCCAUUGGCUUAACGUUUAGAUUGACAAUGGCGGCUUCCAUGAGAGCAUGUGUCUUUAGUUUUGCCGUUGUGUCUCCCUUUCGCAGCCAUCAUUAUUUAAAAACAGUAAAGAGAUGGUAUGCAAGGAGUAUCAAACGAAGACCACUAGCGUCAUUAUCACCAGAGGAAGAUGCUAAGCGGAUGAAGGCCAUGGGAAUCACAGCUCAGGACCCGAGGAAAAACCCCUACAUCCCAUUCAUUCCGAAUGACCCAACACAGACACAGUUUGUACCUAAAGCUGCAAGCGGACACAGCAAACCUAAACAGACGGCAUACAAAGCUCAAAAGCAGCAAAUGCCAACAACAACUACUCAGGAAGUCCGGGCAAGACUCCCAGGCAAGAGAGAAAACAGUGAACUGCAAUAUGAAAAGCUAGAAGAGGGUGACAAACGUUUUGGACGAAUAUUUUUUGAAGCUAAAUCACGAAAAGAGCGUGAAAAGAAAGGAAUCAUCCUGUUAGAGGGAAGGAGACUAAUACUUGACUCCCUGCAUGCAGGAGCAAAACUGAAAUACCUUUACUUCACAGAUAUAUCUCUGGUUGAAGGGAUCUCACCCGAGGCUUUAAAAGAAGCCAAACUGUAUAAAGUGCAGCAUCGCCACUUAAAGCUGUGGACAGACACUGUUACACCUGCUGGUGUUGUUGGGAUAUUUGCAAAGCCCGCUGAUGGGGAGGUGCUUCUGCCACAGACAGACACCCUUCCCAUGACUCUCAUCUGUGAUAAUGUGCGUGAUCCGGGAAACAUGGGGACGCUUAUAAGAACAGCUGCUGCUGCUGGAUGUCAGAGAAUUCUGGCAACUAAAGGAUGCGUCGAUGUAUGGGAUCCAAAAGUAUUAAGAGGUGCAAUGGGUAGUCAUUUCUACAUACGCAUUUUGAACAAUUUGACAUGGGAAAACAUCAGUAACUACAUCUCAAGCUCAACUGGGAUCUGCAUUGCUGAUGCUAGGAAAGAGUCUUUAGUGCGAAAACAGUUUAACCCCAAAUUUCCUGGUGUUGAUAGCUUAAUGGCAUCAGCACCCAUCAUUGAAGGAGAUGAGAGCUGUGACCUUGAUGAUAGCAGUUCAGAGGAAAAUCUUGGUGAAUCAGAAAAGUGUGUGGAUGGAGAAAAGUGGACUCAAGAGAAAGAAAACUUAUACAAGCGACUCCCAAUGCACGUCGUUGAAUAUAGUCAGCUUGAGUUCAGUCACACUGAUGGUGCUGCUCUUAUAGUUGGAGGUGAGACUGAGGGUGUUAGCGGUGAGGCCAAAAAGUUUGCAUUUGAUCGAUUUGGUCAGUAUGUCACAAUCCCCAUGGUACAUGCCGCCAACAGCCUCAAUGUAGGCACAGCUGCAGCAAUCGUUUUAUAUGAAAUUCGCAGAAAGCUGGUUUCGUGUUCUCCACCCAAGGGAAAAGAUGGCACUAUUUGAAUAUAUAUUUGUACAAGGUAUGGUAGAUUGUUGUCACAUUUUUUUUCUUCCUAGAAAAUGGAAAGUAAAUCAAAGAGCAGUGUUGAUAAAUACAUUAAUCAUCUUUACUCAAAUGUUUUGGACAGCUUGAAACUUGUUGGCAAUUAAGAUUCCCCAAAGAAAAUUCUCUUUUCUUCCAAUUUUAUAAAUGUAUAUUAUAUUGGCUGCAGCCCUAUACUCCACUGAGGGUGAAUAGAAAGAAGAAUAUUAUAUUGGUGAUAAAUGAAAUGUUAAGAAUGAAAACAAAAUGUGCAUCAUGUUAUUUUAUUGUUCCACGAUAUGUAAUUUUGUGAAGUGAAUAAAAACGUAUUUGCUAAAA